UUUUAUUUUAACCUUAUUUCACAAUUUAUAAUAUAUAUACACAUCACUCCUUUGCACCGCACCUCCCUAAUCAUUUCUGACCCAUAUUCCCCACUUCUUUUAAAAGUCUUCCUCUCUCUCUCUCUCUCUCUCUCUCACCAAUUACCACAACUAUUUAGAGUAAGCAUUGCCGCCUAGAGAGGCAAAGAGUGGGAACAAACCAAAAAUGAACCUCAACUUAGCUUAUGUUGGAGCUUUGCUUCUAUGUAUUACUAUUUCUCUUUUCCACAUUGUUUCAGCUGAAGAUCCAUAUAAAUUCUUCAACUGGAAUGUUACUUAUGGAGACAUUUACCCACUUGGUGUUCGCCAAAGGGGUAUAUUGAUCAAUGGCCAAUUCCCUGGUCCAGACAUUCAUUCUGUUACAAAUGACAACCUCAUUAUCAAUGUCUUCAACAGCUUGGAUGAACCCUUUCUUCUCUCAUGGAAUGGGAUCCAACAGAGAAGGAACUCAUUUGAAGAUGGUGUUUUUGGAACAACAUGCCCCAUUCCACCAGGGAAGAACUUCACAUACAUACUUCAAGUAAAGGAUCAAAUUGGAAGUUUUUACUAUUUUCCAUCUCUAGCAUUUCAUAAAGCAGCUGGUGGUUUUGGAGGCAUUAGGAUACUGAGUAGGCCCAGAAUACCAGUCCCUUUUCCAGAUCCAGCUGGUGAUUACACUGUCCUUAUUGGUGAUUGGUACAAGUCCAACCAUACGACUUUGAAAGCCCAUCUCGAUAACGGAAAGAAGCUGCCUAUACCCGAUGGAGUCCUCAUCAAUGGUCGUGGACCUAACGGACUAUCUUUCAAUGUAGAACAAGGAAAGACAUACAGGCUUAGGAUAUCAAAUGUUGGAUUGCAACAUUCCCUAAACUUUCGAAUUCAGAACCACAAAUUGAAGCUUGUAGAAGUGGAAGGAACUCACACUCUUCAAACUACAUACUCUUCACUUGAUGUUCAUGUGGGACAAUCUUAUUCAGUACUAGUAACUGCAGAUCAACCUUCUCAGGACUACUACAUUGUGGCUUCAACUCGAUUCUCGUCUAAGAUCCUCACAACCACUGCUGUACUUCGCUAUAGCAACUCUGCAGGCGCAGUUUCAGGCCCACCUCCUGGUGGACCGACAAUCCAAGUCGAUUGGUCUUUGAACCAGGCUCGCUCAAUCAGGACUAACCUUACAGCAAGUGGACCAAGGCCGAAUCCACAAGGGUCCUACCAUUACGGUCUCAUAAACACAACAAAGACAAUCAUUCUGGCUAGUUCUCCUGGUCAAGUUAAUGGCAAGCAAAGAUAUGCACUUAACAGUGUCUCUUACGUUGCCCCAGACACGCCUCUUAAGCUCGCCGACUACUUCAAAAUCUCUGGUGUUUUUCGCGUUGGAAGCAUAUCCGACAGACCUACCGGCGGUGGCAUUUACCUUGACACUUCUGUGUUGCAAGCUGAUUACAGAUCUUUCGUUGAAAUUGUCUUCCAAAACAACGAGAACAUCGUUCAGAGCUAUCAUCUUGAUGGCUACCAAUUUUUUGUUGUUGGUAUGGAUGGAGGACAGUGGACAACUUCUAGCAGAAGCAACUACAAUCUCCGAGACGCAGUAGCGCGUUCCACUACUCAGGUAUAUCCGUAUUCAUGGACUGCUAUUUAUGUUGCCUUGGACAAUGUUGGCAUGUGGAACUUGAGGACUGAGUUUUGGGCACGACAGUAUCUCGGCCAACAGUUUUAUUUGCGUGUUUACACAGCAUCAACCUCAAUCAGAGACGAAUUUCCAAUUCCAAAGAAUGCUCGUCUUUGUGGUAGGGCUAGUGGAAGACACACCCGACCCCUUUGAGCUAGCAAAGGUUUAAAUGAACCAUUCCACGCUUGAGAAGGCAUUCUAGCUUUAGAAUCGUGAAAAGUAGUUAACUUAUCUACUUCUAAUUGUAUUGUUGAGUGUUUCAAAUAUAUAUGGUGUGCUCGUGUCGAAUCACCAACGCAUUUAAGUUUUAAUGAUCUCAGCUCGAGGUCACAUUCUUUCCCAUCCAAAAAGAAGAAUACUAUAUAUAUGUUCCCUUUGUAUUAUCUAGAAUUUUACUAAUAUAGUAUUAUGAAUUAUGGUGACACGGAUUGCAGAAGUUAGUAUUUUGCUCUUAGCUGAGCAGGUGUUUCAUUUGAUGUAUUCAAUGCAGAACUCUAUGAUUUUUAAGUGCUAUAAUAUACAUAUAUAUCCUUUUCA